AUGGAUACAAAUGAAAAAAUCCAUCCCUUCGGAAGGCUUAUUACACAGUACUUGCAAGAGAAUGUGGAAGGUGUAACAUUAACAGAUGUAGUGCAACACCUCCAGGACGAGCAUGGUGAAGAGUCUACCGAAGAUCUGAAGAGAUCAGUUCAAUUAGUUCUUGAUAACGGGGCAGCUUUAGGCUUUCUGGAAAGAAAAGGUUCUCAUUUUAUUACAUGUUUAGCCCGAGGCGCACGUUGUUGUCGAAGACGACGAAGACGAAAGUGUGGGUGUCCACGUCGCCGUCGCCGUUGCUGCCGCCGUCGUCGCAGCCGGUGUCGGCGAAGGCGCCGCCGUUGCUGA